UCCCCAAAAAAAUUGAUAGACUGCACCGAAAAACUCAUCCUUCGCCCGACAACUUUUUUGUUUUAAUUUUUAAUUUUAAGGCCUGUGAAACGCAUGGCCAUAUUUGAUAGGGGGAUCUGAUGAGCUUUGUGGCAACCACUGACAAACCAAACCAACCACUCCAGUCCAGAGAACACUCCCCCAGACUUUCCUUUCUUCCUCUUUUUCAUAUCAGUUAGUCAGUUACUGUUAGAAGCGAGACAUGCAGCUGCUUUUAUCUCUAACUUCACCCCCUACGCCUUGUAAUAAUGCUGCCUCUUGCCUCUCAAUGAAGAGAAACAUAAACCCAGUUCCCAAAAAGCAACAACCACAACAACAACAACAUCAAGUACUGUAUUUCCAUCUCAAGAGCUUGGUUCCACCACUAAUAAUGGCCGCACUUGUAGCCUUAUCUCCUAUCUGCCAUACCCCAGUUUCAUUUGGACAGACCAUAGAUGUACAAAGAGGAGCGUCUUUGUUUCGUCGAGCUUGCAUUGGGUGUCAUGAUGCUGGCGGAAAUAUAAUCCAGCCGGGAGCAACACUUUUUACAAAAGAUCUUCAAAGGAAUGGAGUUGACACUGAAGAGGAGAUAUACCGUGUGACAUACUAUGGCAAGGGAAGAAUGCCUGGCUUUGGAGAGAACUGCACGCCAAGGGGCCAAUGCACAUUUGGAGCCCGUUUGCAGGAAGAAGAGAUCAGGCUUUUGGCCAACUUUGUCAAGUUACAAGCUGAUCAAGGGUGGCCAAAUGUAGAAACUGAAGAAGAUUGACUCCAGCAACUAAAAGCACGAUCUAGAAUCUUAGCCCACAUCGUUCAGAUGUUGAGGAAUGGAUAAUUGGCUUACGACGCAACUUUGUCCUCGUAGCUUGUUAAUCAUAUCUGUAGGGAGAAUAUUUUCUAUAAUUCAUUAUUGUUGGUUUCCUUAUAACUAUUAGGAUAUAGAUAACGUAUCAAUUUUAUAUUAAACAAGGAAUAAUAAAUUGGAAAUUUGUAAAUAGGUAUUAUUUGCUGAACAAGGAAUAAUGAAUUGGAACUUUAUAAAUAUUUAGUAUUCUAGAAAUUUAGUGGUCUUAGCCUAAAGUAAGAGGGUUCGCCUAAUAGGGGUGCAUCAUUGUGAAUAUUUGGUGAUACUGAAGAUCAAAAUAUUAGCAUCCCUUGUGUAAA